AUGGCGACCCCCUCACCUUCUUCCAAAGAAAACGUACCUCUGGCUCGCACCGCGACAGAGACUUUCAAGCUGGACCCUGCCUCCCAGCCUAACCCAAAGCGAAGAAAACUCGGCCAAGCUUCCUUCUCUGCCUCCCAACCAGAACGGUCCUCCUUUGCUGACGUCCUCGAGCGUCUGCACGAGGAAGCUCAGGGUGCCCAAGAUGCCGAGGGUGGCGCUGACUCCUGGGCAAGACCACCUCUUCCACACAUAGACCCAGAGGACGAUUCCAUCUUAUUCCAACAGAUCGACAUCGAGGACUCGGUAGAGUAUAAUGGUUCUCUCGGUAUCAGGAUGUUUGGUGUCACAGAGGCGGGCCACAGCGUGCUGGCUUAUGUCACCGAUUUUCUUCCCUACUUCUACAUUGCGUGCCCCCGUGGUUUCGGGAGUGAUGAUCUUUCCGCUUUCUUCAUUCAUCUCAAUGGCCUUGGACAUGGAGUCAUCAAAAACCUUGAGUUAAAGAAUAAACAGAGUCUCAUGAAUUACAGAGGUGAAGAUGUUGUCCCCUUCAUCAAGAUCACACUCGCAGACCAGCGAGCUCUACCCAAAAUCAGAGAUAAGUACAUGCAUUGUAUCCGGCAUCGUCGCACGUUGACGUUGUUUUUGUGA